CUGAGGAUGAUCCCAUGGACGGCCCAAAGGACAAAGAAAUGGGUCCUGGAGCAGAUCAAGCCAGAAACCUCCCUGGAAGCCAAGAUGGCCCAACUGAGGCUGUACUACUUCGGACCCAUCAUCAUGAGAAGGAAGGACUCAUUGGGAAAGACCAUAAAUGCUGGGAAAGGUCCUAGAGACCCCCAAAAGGGCCACCCAUCCGGACCCCAUUCUGCCAUGCAGGAACUCUCCAUCAUUCAAAGCCUGGAGGGAAGUGGCGGGAAGAGAGGAAGCCAUGACGCCAGGCGGAGGUCACGGGUCUCAUGGGGUUGAAAUCCUGACAGGCGAAGGCCCUGCUUCUGAGGGGAAACCAAGCAAGCCUCUGGAGCCUCUAGUGAUCCUGAGGCGGCCUCCCUCCCUCCCUCCCUCCUUCCUCCAGAGGGCUAUUCUUAGCGGCGCUUAGGCCGCUUAAUGCCCCAACGGCCGCCUCAGAGGGCGCCCUGGCCGCCAUUUCCUUCCUUCGGCCCCGAUGGCGGCGUCGUCGAGGGAGCCUCUCCUGAGGUAAACACGAAGCAGCGGAGGAGAACGAAGAAGGAAGGCUUCCUCUUGCCCCGUUCCUCAGCCCCUCCGCCUGCCCUCUGGAGAAGCCUCCCUCCCUGCUUGACUGAAGGCGAGGGUCUUGGCCCCCGGAGGAGGAGGAGGGCGAUGGUGGACGUCUUCUCGGGGCGCCUGCUGCUGGACCGCCGCGGGGCCGCCGUGGAGGCCGAGCAGGCGCUGGAGAACAAGGUGGUGGGCCUCUACUUCUCGGCCGCCUGGUGCUCCCUCUGCCGGGAGUUCACCCCGCUGCUGGCCGACUUCUACGCCGAGCUGGUCGGCGUCAGGGAGGCGCCCUUCCAGGUGGUCUUCGUCUCCUCCGACCGCAGCCCCGAGGAGAUGGCCGCCUCCCUCAGGGACUCCCACGGGGACUGGCUGGCCCUCCCCUUCCACGACCCCCUCAGGCAUGAGUUGAAAAAGAAAUACAACAUCACAGCCAUUCCUAAACUUGUGAUUGUUAAACAAACUGGCGAAGUCAUUACUGAUAAAGGAAGAAAACAGAUACGAGAGAGAGGGCUCAAUUGCUUCCGAAACUGGCUUGAAGCGGCUGAUGUCUUCCAGAAUUUCUGUAGCUGAGAUUUGCAGAAAUGGUAGCUUUGCUAUAUUUUUCCUACAUUCAGAGUUUCUCUUGUCAUAACUAGCACUAACGGAGGUAAUGGCAUUAUCCUUGUUUUAGGGUUGUUUUGCUUUUAUUACAAAUUGGUUUGGGCUGGAAUACUGUAGUUCAACGUAGGUUUCCCUGAUGAACUUGCUUUUUUGUACUGUAUUAUUGUUAUUUAUUUAUUUUUAUUACAUAGAAGAUAACCAAAGUCGUUCUCAUAUUACUGAACAAUUUGAUAAAGGUCAGCUUUGCCUACUAGAGCCAUUUUGCACAUUGGAGGGGGGGAGUGCUCUCUCAAAUCUAUGCAAGCAUUUCUUUUUUCCAAAGGCAAAAAAACAUAACAAGGAAACCUUUAUAUUUCUUGACAAGACCUUUUUGAAGUUUUAAUCUAUAAUUUAUAUUACUUAAAUAGGAGAAAAUACAGUACUUGUUUUUAUUAAACCUCUUUGUAGCUUACCUGCCUGUUCCUCGUUUCUUUCAUGAUACUGUGAACUGAAAACAAAAAUGAGUGCCUCAUUACUGAAUUCUUCUCUGGUUUUGCCAAGAUCCAGGAUUUUUUCCACUGACUUUCUUGUUUACAACAGAAUCAACAGUUCCCCCCCCCUGUGCAGCUCCUCACACACACAAAAACAACAACUCCAAAACCCUAGCCCCAAAAGACUGUGGUGUAAGUGCCCCAGGGGUGUGCCAUGGAGAACAAACUCCAUACUUUACUGGAGUCAGAUGCAGAUGUACACCUUGGGAUUUUGGCCUUGUGCUUAUAAUUCUGGCU